CAGCAGUUCCUCGUCGUCGUCCAUUUUGAAUAAUCGUCGCCUGCUGUGUGCUUCUUUUUGGGUGCUCGGAUGGUAGAAUCGGAAAACCCUUUUGAACUCGGUUCUUUCUUGAUCCGGUCAGCACAUUCAAACGCCGUUUAGUGUCGAAGUCGGAAGUGUGGAAGCGCAGUGCGUGUGUGGAAAUUUCGAAGGCCAAUUUUCUUGCUUUUUAAUUUUGUGCGACAUCAUCAUCUCCAGGCAGCAAGCUUUUUUCUGCCAAAUCAGCUUGCAGCUGCAGAGUGGGGAUAGCUGCUGAGCAGAAGAAAAAGUUGAUCACUUUUCACCCCGGUGUUGGAUUGAACUUCUUCUCCAGCUUGGAUUCGUAAAAGAAAGCCCAACAAUGAGCUGCCCGAUGCCAGAAAUCGGGUCCUGCAUAUCGCUGAUUUCCAAGGCGGACAUCCGGUAUGAGGGCCUGCUGUUUACCGUCGAUCCAGAUCGAUGCACCAUUGCCCUAGCCCGAGUGAAAUCGUAUGGAACCGAAGAUCGGGAAACCCAGUUCCCGAUCGCGCCGCAGAACCAACUGUACGAUUACAUCCUGUUCCGUGGGUCUGACAUCAAGGACAUUCGGGUGAUCAACAACAAUCCGGUGCCAAAUGAUCCGGCCAUCAUGCAGAUGCAUCUGCCGCCGCAGCAGCAGCUGCCGCCGAUGCAGAACAAAAUGGGCCAACCGGGCUUCCAGCCGCAACCGGGCUUCAUCAUGCCCGGAAUCGGUCCCGGAGGUCCCGGUCCGAUGGGAGGACACCCGCCUGGACAUCAACCGAUCGGGCAACCCUACACGUCCUUCGGAGGACUCAACAAUCUCGGAGGUAUGCUUUCGAAUGAUAUGGUUAAUAAGGGCGCAUUCCCACCCGGUGGACCGGUCAAUCAAAUGCAACCGCAGCAGGUUCAGCAGCAGCAACAACAACAACCACCACCACAAACAGCUGCUGACGGCGGUGGGUCCGCCAAAGCGCCAGGUUCCGAACUGGCCAACCUAUUGGGUGCGGCGGAUCCGCCACUGCAGCAGCAACAGUCUCACCCUGCUGCGCCUCUGGGUGUCGUGGGUGGGCCAGGGCCGGUGGGCAGUUCGCCUCCUUCGUCCGUCAUCGUUGGUAGUGAGUUCAAAGAUCAAGAUUUGAUUGGCGGUGGCGGUGGUGCCGGUGGAUCUCGUUCUACUACCCCGAACAAUUUGUUGGCCAGAAAGAGUCCAACCGUGGAUAUGGGCGUGCAAACCAAUCAGCAACAGCAGCAGAACGCUAACCGUAGCGGUGGCGAUGGAGCCAACUUGGAACGAGGCCAGCAUCAACAGCAGCGCCAUCGUAACAACAGCCAGCGAAGCAACAGCAACCAGAACCAGAACAACAAUCAGCAACAGCGAGAGAGACGUGAUUCCGGCAAGAACGAUGGCCAGAAGGACAACUUCAACAAGAACAUGAACAUGCAGAGACAAGGACUGAAUAAUCAGAAUCGUGGCUGGAACAAUAACCGUGGCAAUAACAUGCGGAACGGCCAAAACAUGCGCGGUCGUCCUCGUGGAGGCCACGGUGGCCCGCAACAGGGCACCAACACGAACUAUCGUCGUAAAAGCGUCAGUUCCGGUGAUGGUAAUAGCAAGAAACAGUCCAGUAACAACAACAACAACAACAACAGCAAACUGCACAAUAGUAGCAACCCUUCCAACAAUAAUAUUAAGAAAACGACUAACCAUAAUCAAAAACAGGGCGGCAACCGUACGAAGAAUCUUCUCAAGUUCGAGAACGAUUACGAUUUCGAGCAGGCCAACAACAAGUUCGAGGAGCUCCGUUCCCAACUGUCGAAACUCAAGGUGGGCGAAGAUAGCAAACCUGAACAGCUGACGAGCGAAACUAUCGACAAGAAGGACGAUUCAGGCAAUGAAACCGGUGCCGGCGAUCACGAACCGGAAGAAGAAGAAGUGCCUAGCUACGACAAAGCCAAGUCAUUCUUUGACAACAUCUCAUGUGAGGCUAUCGAACGCGCCAAAGGCAAGCAGCAGCGCACAGAUUGGCGGCAGGAGCGCAAGCUAAACACCGAAACGUUCGGUGUCGGUUCGACUAGACGCGGAGGAUACAACCGACGUGGCGGAUACUAUAACCGUGGCCCUCACAACUAUCGCAAUCAUAAUCAAUACCGCGGAGGUAACAAUUACAAUCGAGGAGGACGCCCGAACAACAACAACGGCAAUCGCCAGAACAACGGCCAACCGCACCACAAUGGUCUUCCCCGUAACAACAGCGGAAACGGAAACAACGGUGGAAGUGGACUCAAUCGCAACAAUAACAAUGGCAAUGGCCAGCAACAGUCGCAGGGUUCCCAGCAACAACAACCAACGACCCAAUUGCAACAGCAACAACCUCAGAUCAUAGAGGUUGCCGCGGGCAAAUAAUGCUACACAACACCCAAGGAUAUACUCUUACUUUUAGAAAGCUGACCAGAGUUCCGUUAAACUUAUUAAUAGAAGAAAAAACAACAAUGAAAAAUAUUACCUUUGAAAACACAGAAACUGGUAGCACCGUGUUUCGUUGCUCCCGCAUGCGUUCGCUGGUUGUUAAGGCUAGUUUAACUUGUGUGUGUCCUCCCGUAAAACGGAUCCAGCUGUGCUAAUACCGUUUGGGGCGGCGCCACUCUAAAAAACUACACAGAAAAUAGCACAGAAAGGAAGAAAAGUACAAAACGGAAACACUAACUCGUUCCAAACCGAGAGUUAAUUAGGAUAAAAUGGAAUUGUAACUUACUUACACUGGAUUGUUUAACAGCCACAUGCGCUGUGACAGUGACACAAAGAAGAAUAGCGAUUAUUUGGAGUAAGGCGAUGAACAAUGAUACACUUUCGGAAUACGGCAAGGUUGUAUAAAACAUGAUUAGUUGGAAGGGAAAAAAAACGAGGACAACGUCAAACGUAUGUCCCCAUCAUUAAUAAAUCCCGGCAACCUAUUUUUGGCGGUGGUGCGAUUGAACCAACCGCAAAUAUCUUACACUUCGAUUAACCCGAACGAUUGGAGGAGCUGUUCCCGAUUUAAACAAACAAAUAGUUUGCUUACCAUCUGGUUAGCUAAAUAAAUUUUUCUUCAAUUAAGCGUAACCGUGUGAUAAUCUAGUGUUAAAAUCACGCGUGAAUCAUUGGAGUGCGAGGUAUAUGUUCAAGGAUGAAACUUGAAGCGAUUUGUUUUUCUAUUGCUGGCAACAGAAAACUUUCGGCAAACCAGAUCGUAGUUCGUUCCCUUUUGUAUUGUUAAAGGGCGGAGGCAAGCAAGUGCAUGAUAACCCCUAUGGACUGGAGAAACUGAGUAGCGAGCUGGAAAAGUACAGCGGAAGGACGACACACUGGAUGGAAUGGAAGGUGCGUGCGUGGGAGGAUAUCUACGGGCUUCAGUUUUUGUUUUGCUAGAAAAAUACGACGCGCCCAACAUCAAGCACCAGAGAGUGCGUCGAAUAUAUCUUCUCCUUCAUGUAAAUUUCCUAACAAUCAAGAAACAACUAAACACGUGCGAAAAACAUCAACUUUCGGAAGGUUGAUGGUAAUCGGAACCAAACUCAGAAACAACGGAAUCAACCAUUUUCUUGAAGUGUGUAGCAGUAAGGGUGAAUGAAUGAUGCACCCGAAAGAUGAGUAGUUAUAAGAUAUACUUGGAUAAAGCAAACAAGCAAAAAGAUACAUAAAUUACAAAUUACGCUAAAAUACCACACACAUUUAAAAGCUCCCCUUUUCCGCAAUAGGGAAGGGUUGAUAAAGUGCGAAAAAUUAGCAGAGGCAAAUGAGCAAGCAAACGAAAUUUAGAUUUUUGUUUAGAGAGAGGGCGCUGAAGGCGCAUUGUAACCGAGAAAUGCGAUGAGAGAUGAAAUAGUAAAAGGAGAUUGAUUUUCUAAAAGUGUCAAUAAUCAUCGAAGUCGGGCAGAAACAGGGGGCUGCGUCAAAGCAGCAGAAAGAUUGAAAUUUUUCAUUCUAUGUGAUAGAGUACUUAGAAAAAGCGUCGGAACUAGAUCAGGUGAAGCACUUUUUGUCGUAAAUAUUUUGUAUCAUUUUCAUUUUUAAUUAUUAAUUUCCUAUCCUCUACUUUUAAUCAACCAAAUAUGCAUGUUUUCCUAAUAAUGAGGAAACUCGUUGCGGUUCACUUUUGUCCGACUCAUGAUAGGUAGAAAGCUAACCAUUAGUUUGAAGUUGAAAGCUGCCGAUCGUAGUCGUGCCCCCCAAACUUCGAACCCGACCAUUCGAUGUCUGAAAAAUUUGAAUGUUAUUUCAACAGGUAAACCCGUAAUCUCGCAUAGCAUUUGCUUGGAGUCGAAAUUAAUUUGGAACAACAAUAAGCGCUGAAUAUGUAAUAAUUAUGAUUAUGAUAAUAUUGAUUAAUUAUAAAUAUUAUAAUCUAGAAGAAAUGAUAAUCCUGAAUCAGUCCGGAAGAAAUGAAUGCAAGGGAUAGCAAGUUUUUUAUCAAGGGUGAAUCAAACUUCGUUUCCCAAAAAGUGAAACUCCAGGUAUUUGACAAUUGGUUGGAAUUCAAAUUUGUUUUUUUUUAAGGUAUGGUUGACUACUAUUUUUGAUCAAAUUGCGGGUUUCCAACUUCAGAAGCACUAUCUGGAGCAGUACCGAUACUCCUCAAUCUUUUAAUUUCUGUGUUUCAAAUUCCAGCCACAGUAAUGCACACAAUUAGCAAAUCAGCGCAAUUAAAAUAUCGGCCACAACGAUUCCACCGGGAACGAAGUUGAUUUGCUCAUUUUCCAUCCACCCGAAACAUAAUGCUUUAGACAA